CAACAGCAUCCAAAACAAUUUAGUCUUAAACCCUUCUAGCGCAUAUGCGUGAUUGCUUUCAUAUAUAUAGACAAAUAUGGCCAAUCAUUCAACGAAUUUUCCCCCAAAGGAUCAGCCAUCACCCACCCCAACUGUCCAAAUCCCUGACCCUUCAGUCUCUCUCGUGCAGCAACAGCAAGACCUGUCUGCCUCUGCCAACCCACAAGACCCAUUAGCGAGACCUGUUCAAUCUCCAGCCAGGAUGACUUUGAGCCAUCAGCCACAAGACCAAUCGCCAAAAUCUCCAAAACCUAGCAGCGUACCAGGCAUCCCGACGCCGACGCCAAAACCAAGGCAUGUUCAAUCUCCUGGAAAGUAUUCAUCGUCGGGUCUCCCUGGCUCCGGAAGGCAUCCGCCUUAUCGGGGAAUACGAAGCAGGAGCGGCAAAUGGGUAUCUGAAAUACGCGAGCCGCGUAAAACGACGCGUAUAUGGCUUGGAACGUAUCCGACCCCUGAAAUGGCAGCUACCGCGUAUGAUGUGGCCGCUAUUGCCCUAAAAGGUCCCGACACGGAUCUAAACUUUCCGGAUAUGAUUCUUUCGUAUCCAAAAGUGGCUUCAACCUCCGCAUGCGAUAUUCGGGCUGCAGCUGCUAGUGCGGCCGCUUCCAGGCUACCCAAGCCUGAUACAGGAUCUUCAAAAAACUCAAAAGAGGACCAGGCGAAGCCUGAAAAUGAGGGUACCCCGUCAAGUACUUGCAUGGAGUCUGGUUCCGGUCAGGAAUUUAUAGAUGAGGAAGAGCUUCUAAACUUUCCCAAUUUGAUGGUGGAUAUGGCAGGAGGAAUGCUUGUAAGCCCUCCCAGCUGGAUAAACUCACCACCCUCUGAUGAUUCACCCGAGAAUUCAGAUGUAGAAAGCCUAUGGACUUACAAAUGAGACUCAAAAUUUACUAUUAAAGUGAUAUUACAAGGUACAAAGAAAUGUAUAAGCAUGCGAUUGAAAACUAGAUUAUGAUCAGUAAUAUGAAGACAGGAGACAGUCUUUUUUC